AUGUCUGCUCCGAAAUCCAAUCUGGCUACCACAGAGGUUAAUCAGGAGCCUGCUCCAGUCGCCCCGGCCGUUGAGCCUGAGGCGCCUGUAGAAUCAGUAGAGCCUGCUCCAGCUGAGACAACAGCACCUGAAGCACCACCGGAAACCAUGGAGGAGCCAUCCCCGGAUAACAAGACCGACGCAGAGAAGCCUAAGGCGACUGGCAAGGCAAGGGCAGCAGCUACGAAAGCUGCGAAACCGAAGGCUGCGAAGGCUGAAAAGGCGGCGAAGCCUGCAGGAGCGAAAGCCAGGGCGAAGAGUGACCACCCGAAGUAUAUUGAGAUGGUGAGCGACGCCAUCACAUCGUUGAAGGAGAGAAACGGCUCCAGCCUUCACGCCAUUACGAAACAUAUUGAACAACACCAUCCGAACCUUCCUGCGAACUGGAAGAAGACUCUUAGCGUCCAGCUGAAGAAUCUUACCAAGGCUGGCAAGCUGACGAAGGUGAAGGCGAGCUACAAGCUGGGCGAAGACGCCAAGCCGGCCAAGCCAGCCGCGAAGAAACCUGCUUCCGCAAAGCCCGCUGCGACCAAAGCACCAGCAAAGCCCAAGGUGGCGAAGCCUGCAGCGGUCACUGCCAAGCCCAAGGCGAAGACAGUUGCUGCUAAGACUUCCCCUGCGAAGGCUCCGAAGGCGGCCAAGCCCAAGGCAUUGAAAAAGACUGCUGCGAAGGCGAAGACCCCAGAGAAGGCUAAGGCACCUAAGGCAAAGACCCCAGAGAAGGCUAAGGCAGUCGCUGAACCGUCCUCAACCACAAAGAAGUCCCCAGCGAAGAAACGUGCAGCCAAGAAGGCCAAGGCCGCCAAGUAG